AUGGAUUACCAGGCCGGAGGUCGUGGAUGCUUCAACUGCGGCGAUGCCUCUCACCAGGCUCGUGAUUGUCCCAAGAAGGGCACCCCCACCUGCUAUAACUGUGGCGGUCAGGGCCAUGUCAGCCGCGAGUGCACAGUAGCUCCCAAGGAGAAGUCAUGCUACCGCUGCGGUGUUGCUGGACAUAUCUCCCGCGAAUGCCCUCAGUCGGGUGCCGGUGAUAACUACGGUGGACCCUCCACCGGUGGUGGUCAGGAAUGCUACAAGUGUGGCCAGGUUGGCCACAUCGCCCGUAACUGCUCCCAGGGUGGCAACUACGGCGGUGGUUACGGCGGUGGCUUCGGCGGUCGUCAACAGACUUGCUACUCCUGCGGUGGUUUUGGCCACAUGGCUCGUGAUUGCACUCAGGGCCAGAAGUGCUACAACUGUGGCGAGGUUGGUCAUGUUUCUCGUGAUUGCCCCACUGAGGCCAAGGGUGAGCGCGUUUGCUACAAGUGCAAGCAACCUGGACACGUCCAGGCCGCUUGCCCCAACUAG